AUGUCCAAUCCAAAUCCAACCACCACUACGGAACCUGCGGUGGUUCCCAGAGAUGUGCGCCUUUUGCACCUUAUAUUCGCCACCCAGGGCAUUCAGAACUACCAGGACCAUGUUCCCUUGCAGCUCAUGGACUUUGCACAUCGCUACACUACUUCGGUGUUGAAAGAUGCCGUCACCUACAACGACCAUGCCAAAAACAUCUCAGGCGCCAACUCCACGGGCCAAGUCAAUACUGAUGAUAUCCGUCUUGCCAUUGCUGCCAAAACAAACUACCAGUUCAAGCCUACGCCGCCCAAGGAGCUUAUGUUGGAGUUGGCCCAUGAAAGAAACUCAAAGAGUCUUCCGCCGGUGAUUCCUAAGUGGGGGCUCAACUUGCCUCCAGAGAAGUAUUGUCUUAGUGCACGAGACUGGGACAGUAUUGACGAAGAGCAGGCGGAUCUUGAGGGAAAUAAGAGAAGGCAGAGGUGA